AUGGCCGCGCAGCAAGAAGGAAAGGUCAAGAGCGUGCUCUCAGGCGAUACUUUGAUCCUCACCAACAACGCGAGACAAGAGCGGACCAUUAGCCUCGCCUUCAUCAAUGCACCACGCUUGCAAUCCGAUGAACCUCACUCCUUCGAGUCGCGCGAUUUCCUCCGAAAGCUCUGCGUUGGCAAGGUGAUCCGCUUUCAGAUCAUCUACGCCAUUCCUCAAAAGACUGGCGGUGCUUCCCGCGAAUACGGCGUUGUUACUCUCCCUGAUGGAACUCAGCUACCUGAUUUGAUCGUUCAGGAAGGUCAUGCCAAGCUGAGAGACGAUGCGGACCGCAAAGCAGAAUCUCCCCCAGCCGCCGAGUUGUUGGAGAAGCUGCAAGCACUCGAAGCACAUGCUCGUGCUGAUGAGAAGGGUGUGUGGGCAGCAAAGACCACCAUCAUUGAGAACACACGCGAGAUUCCAGAUGCCAAAGCGUUUGCCGAGGAAUACAAGGGCAAGGCAAUCGAAUCGAUCGUGGAGCGCGUGCUCAGCGGAGACCGCUUGAUCGUUCGCUUGAUGGUCUCGCCAACGAAACACGUGCAGACAACUGUUCUCAUUGCCGGCCUACGUUCACCCACCACCGCGCGGACAAACCCCUCAGAUGGCUCCACACAGCCAGCUGAGCCAUUUGGAAACGAAUCGCAGGCUUUCGUCGAGGACAGACUGCUACAGCGUGGUGUACAGGUACGACUCUUGGGUGUAUCGCCUAAUAACAUCCUCGUCGGAGAAGUGCGUCACCCCGUGGGUAACAUCGGUGAGUUUCUGCUCAAGGCAGGUCUAGCGCGCUGUGUAGACCACCACUCCACCUGGCUCGGGGCAGAGAUGGGCAAGCUUCGUCAAGCCGAACGCUCCGCCAAGGAGGCCCAUCUCGGGUUGUUCAAGAGCCACGUUGCGGCCAAGACUGGAGGCAGCGAGUCCGAGGCGACGGUAAGCAGAGUCUUUUCCGCAGACACGCUUUUCGUACGGCAGAAGAACGGCGCGGAGAAGCGCAUCAACUUGAGCAGUGUCCGCCAGCCAAAGCCCACAGACCCCAAGCAAUCUCCUUUUGGCGCGGAAGCGAAGGAGUUUCUGCGAAAGCGCCUGAUUGGCAAGCACGUGAAGGUGACCAUCGACGGCAAGCGUCCUGCAACUGAGGGAUACGACGAGCGCGAGAUGGCUACCGUCUCUCAAAACGGGAAGAACGUAGCACUCAUGCUUGUUGAGAAUGGAUACGCGUCUGUGAUUCGCCACCGCAUGGAUGACACCGACCGCAGCCCCAUCUACGAUGACCUCCUCGCCGCCGAGGUGACAGCCCAAGCAGAAGGCAAGGGAAUGUGGAACCCCAAGCCACCCAAGCAGCAAGCUUUUGUCGACUACAGCGAAUCCCUCGAGAAGGCCAAGCGUCAACUCACCCUCCUGUCCAAGUCCAAAAAGGUGCCAGCUGUGGUCGACUUUGUCAAAUCAGGCAGCCGCUUUACCGUUCUUAUCCCACGCGACAACUCGAAGCUCACCCUUGUCCUGGGUGGCAUCCGUGCUCCUCGGAGUGCACGCGGCCCCCAAGACGCGGGCGAGCCUUUUGGUCAAGAAGCACAUGACUUUGCCGUUAAGCGUUGCAUGCAGCGCGAUGUCGAGAUCGAUGUAGACGACACGGAUAAGCAGGGCGGUUUCAUCGGCACACUCUUUGUCAACCGCGAGAACUUUGCCAAGCUUCUUGUCGAGGAAGGUCUUGCUACUGUCCACGCGUAUAGCGCAGAGAAGUCGGGCAACGGCGCUGAGCUAUUUGCUGCAGAGCAAAAGGCCAAGGAGGCACGACGUGGACUGUGGCACGACUGGGAUCCUUCCCAGGAGGCUGCUGCGGAUGGCGCAGACUACGAUGCUCCCACCAACGGCACGAAUGGUGCCAACGGCGACGCACCUCUACCAACACGCGAACGCAAUUACAAGGACGUCACCGUCACCUACGUCGACCCUUCGAACGGUCGACUGAAGCUCCAGAUGAUUGGCUCAGGAAAGGCCAACCUCGACACGCUGAUGAAGGAACUCGCAAGCUUCCACCUUGCACCCGGCAACGGCCAGAAGCUCUCUGCGCCUCCAAAGGCCGGAGAUGUGGUGUCUGCCAAAUUCUCCGAGGAUGGCGUGUGGUACCGCGCGCGUGUUCGCCGCAACGAUCGCGAGAACAAGACGUCUGAGGUUGUCUACAUCGACUACGGCAACGCUGAGACUCAGAAGUGGGACGACCUCCGUCCGCUGGAUGCCGCCAAGUUCGGACCCAGCCGUCUGAAGGGUCAGGCCGUUGACGCUGCACUUUCCUUUUUGCAGUUCCCCACUGCCUCUGAAUACCUCUCCGAGAGUGUCAAUGCACUUUACGACAUGACCGGUGGCCGUGAAUUGGUCGCCAACAUCGACUUUACGGAUUCACGGGAGAAUCUGCUAUGGGUAACGCUCAUGGACCCCAAAGCCGCCAGCGUCUCUAACAGUGUCAACGCUGAUAUUGCGGCCGAGGGUCUAGCGAUGGUGCCCAAGAAGUUGAGACCUUUUGAGAGGGCUGCGCCAGAGAUCAUCGCCGACCUCAAGGAGAAGGAGGCCGAGGCCAAGGCUGAGCGGAGAGGUAUGUGGGAGUAUGGUGAUUUGACGGAGGAUUAA